UCGGGUUGUGGGAGGAUGCCAGAGAACCCGGACAGAAUCCACAAACACGCGGGACAAACAUGCAAACUCUACAGGAUAAGACCCUCAGCAGAAGUAUCUACAACUACACGUACAGGAGCCCAUUCGGCCAAGAUGGCGAGCGGAGGAGUGUCCGUGGCUUCGCUGUGGACCGAAGUGAACCGCUGCGGGCAAAAUGGAGACUUCACGAGAGCCCUGAAAGCUUUGUCAAAAAUUUUGCAUGAAAACAGAGAAGAUGUGACGGCUCUUCAGUGUAAAAUAGUUUGCCAUGUCCAGAAUGGCAGCUUCAAGGAGGCCCUGAAUGUCAUGAACACUCAUUCAAAAGUGCUCGGCAGUGAUGUUGUGUUUGAGAAGGCGUACUGCGAGUACAGACUGAACAGAGUGGAAAGUGCCCUGAAGACCAUUGAAAGUGCCCCAGAGCAAACGGACAAGCUAAAGGAGCUUUACGGUCAAGUGUUGUACAGACUCGAGCGCUACAACGAGUGCAAGUCUGUCUACACAGACCUGAUCAGGAACUCUCAGGAUGAGUACGAGGAGGAGAGGAAAACCAACCUGGCUGCUGUGGUGGCAGCGAUGAGUCAGUGGGAGAAGGCUCCACUGGAAGAUCUAGGUCUCCCAGAUUCAACAUAUGAGUUGUGUUACAACACUUCAUGCGCUCUCAUUGGCCAAGGACAACUGACGGAAGCCUUUAAUAAAUUACGCCAGGCAGAAGAGCUCUGCAGAUUGUCACUGGCAGAUGAUUCAGAUGUAACUGAAGAGGACAUUGAGUCGGAGUUGGCCGUCAUCCACUCUCAGAUGGCGUACGUCAUGCAGUUGCAAGGUCGCACAGAUGAGGCGCUGCAGCUCUAUAACCAGGUCAUCAAACUCAAGCCGUCAGAUGUGGGGCUUCUUGCUGUGACUGCCAACAACAUCAUCACGAUAAACAAGGACCAAAACGUCUUUGACUCAAAGAAAAAAGUGAAGCUCACGAAUGCUGAAGGUGUCGAAUACAAGCUGGCGAAGAAGCAGCUGCAGACCAUCGACUUGAACAAAGCUCUGCUGGCCAUGUACACAAAUCAGGCUGACCAGUGCAGGAAACUGUCAUCCAGUCUUCAAUCUCAGAACCCAGGUCACCCACGACCUGUCCUCAUCCAGGUCGCUCAGCUGUGCAGGGAGAAGCAACACAGCAGAGCCAUUGAGCUGCUUCAGCAAUUCUCAGAACAGCAUCCAGAGAGUGCGUCUGGCAUCAAACUCACGAUGGCACAACUCUAUUUAAUACAAGCUCAUGUAACAAAAGCCUGUGAUGUUCUGAGAUCCAUUGAAGAGUUCAAGCACAAACCAGGGAUGGUUUCAGCUCUGGUAACAAUGUACUCCCACGAAGAAGACAUCGACGGUGCCAUCGAUGUCUUCAAACAAGCUAUUGAACACUAUCAGUCUGAACAGCCCGGAUCUGCUACACAUUUGGCUCUUGUACGAGAAGCUGCCAACUUCAAACUGAAGUACGGGCGGAAAAAGGAAGCUAUUAGUGAUCUGGAGCAGCUGUGGAAGCGAAACACCAAGGACGUCCACACACUGGCACAACUUAUCUCAGCUUACUCUCUCGUGGACACAAAUAAAGCCAAAUCCCUCAGCAAACACCUACCUUCUGCAGACACCAUGUCCUUCAACGUGGACGUGGACGAGCUGGAAAACUCGCACGGAGCCACGUACGUUAGGAAAAAAGCUGCUAAAGUCACGGGAGAGAAUCUGCCUAAAGAACAAGGCCAAGGUGAGAUCGAGAUCAAGAAGAAGAAGAAGAAAAAGAAAGGCAAACUACCCAAGAACUACGACUCUAAAGUGACCCCCGACCCCGAGAGGUGGCUGCCCAUGAAGGAGCGUACCUACUACAGAGGCAAGAAGAAAGGAAAGAAGAAGGAGCAGAUCGGAAAAGGCACACAGGGAGCGACGGCAGGAGCCUCAUCUGAGCUGGAUGCCAGUAAGACGGCCAGCAGCCCGCCUACCUCCCCCAGACCAGGCUCUGCGUCUGGCUCGUCUGCAGCCGCUGGGAGCAGCGUGGCCCCGCCGCGGCAGCAGAAACCGGCUUCAUCGGGGGCCACUCGCAAGAAGGCACCAGCGAAGAAGAAGAAGGGAGGGAAAGGAGGCUGGUAGUCAGUGGGAAGCAACAUGUGAGGCAGAGCAACAUCAUCAUGAGAACAUAAACUCUUUUUUUUUUUUUAUGUUUCAGUGUUAAUUUUAGUUUUGUUGUCGCCAUUCAUUUAAAUUUGUAAACCCAAAAUCUCCCCUUGAACUUUUUAAAGGACAGUUUGAAUAAAUCUUAAAACUGCUCUUCACAAGCUUAUGAUUUCUUAGAACGACGGGUUUUGAAGUUACGGCCGUAGAGGCGAGAGGAAAUUACUUCAUUUAAGAGACACAUUUCAAGUUCUGGUUAAGUAGAUGGCUUUGAAUCCUAAUGAACCCUGGCUUCCAUUUUAACGCAGAAGCCUUCAGAGAUUAAAAUUCCAAUCUUCAUCCAUCCAUUUGCUUGUCCCAUUCACCCUUACGGUCUCAGUUGAAACUAAACCCAAAAUAUGCGGAAAAAGAACGCACUCCACACAGAGUUGCCGAUUUUAAUCAGGAUUCCAACCAGGAAUCGCCGCACCACCCUGCUUCUGCUUUUCCAACUUCAUCCAGGAGAAAAUGAAUCAUGUCACAUUUUACCCGGCGCAUUAAGAAACGCAGAUCUCCACUGUUUACUGCAGCCUCAUGCAAGAGCUGGUCUCUCCUGGACAGUCACAGAUGGAGAACAUGCGAGUCUGAGCUUCUUCAUAAUUGUACAGGCUUCAGACGUUCACCGUCAUAUGUACCUGCGCGCUCUGUGUCCGUGGAGAGCCGCUCCACAUUUCUCGUACUUCAAUGAGCGUUUGCGUCAAGUCUCUACUUUUCUACACAUGACGACUAAAUCUCACAUUCCAUUCCAGUAACUGAUUUCUCAUAAAAUUGUCCUCAGCUGUGUCUCCUUGUAUUCUCUGAGCACUGUGUUGUACACCCGUGGAUACCAGUGGACUUCCUCACAUAGUCUCGAGCAGGUUUAUCGUCAUAUCUGUUGCGUCUUCUGACUGAAAACAAGAGUGCGUCCACCAUCUGGAGUGGAGAUGGGUUGUGCUGCAGGGAAAGCACACGUGCAGACAUGGAAAGAAUGACCCUGUCCUUGAAGUGCUAUAUCUAUAAAUGACUGAGAUGGAGUGACAUCUAAUGGUGAGACUGCGGAAUGCAACCGUUUCACUCACCACUCCUUCCCAGAAAAAGCAGCAGGGGGGAACUACGGUGGCCUUCGCAUACCAGAAAGAAACGAAUCCUUUUUAACAUCAUUUGCAGCGUAAGCUCCUGCAUCAAAAAAGCAAAAGGCACGGUCAUAACUUUUAGUACAUAUAAAAACCUAACUUUUUACAUUUGUUUCUGGUAGUGCAUUCAAUUUCUGCCAAUAAACCCUCCGGAAUGUUACAUACUGGACCUUUAAGCUGCUACACCAACAUUAGCACCUUUCCUGAAAAGAGUUUAGAAUGAACUUCUCCAGCUGAGCUUUAGAAGAUGUUUGGUCACUUUUUCACACUUAACUAUCAGACGAAGCUGUGUUUUCAUCAAACACAGCAAUCAUAUCACUGUGUGCUUUUUUUUUAAUCAUUAGCUGUGUUUAUGUUGAAAAAUGCAUAUUUUUCUACUAGCCACACACACUUCUCUGCUUUUAAAGUUCUACAGUAGCAUUUCACAUUUUGUGAUCACACUGUACGUCAUGUUCCUACGCCGCUGUGUUAAACCUGUGAUUUUGAGAAAGAAUCGAGCUCAUCGUGACGCAGUUAAAACUCAUCGGUCACUUUAAUAACCUUUCAGGACAACUGCUGCGUUUGUGAUGUGACUAAAAAGUUCAGUUUUGGGAGAUUUUGUCUCAAAUCUUUCUCUGGAUGAAGUAGUUUGGACGUCACACUUUGUUUUGUCUAUACUGCGUCUCUUUUUAAAACUGUCCCUGUACUUUCAAUAUGCUGACCCGCGACCUCUGGAUGCAUUGUUGAAGAAUAUUUAUUUUUUGAAUCCCUGUGUUGGUCUAAAUCCGAGAGCGAGAGAGACUUUAAAUUGUUGAUUUCACCGUCAGAUGAUUGAGUGCAUGUUUUAGGAAACGAGGACAAAGACUAUUUUGGCCAAACUCGUGUCCCGUUUUGUUAAGUCUUAAUAAAAACCUUGACAACAGCGA